AUGCUGUCAGCUGAACGUAUUUUCUAUGUACUCACAGCGCUUACCUAAUCUCUGCCUCUCCCAUCGAGGCAGCGUGCGUGAUUCAUGUCCCCAUCGCAUCGUGUUAGUCACAAAAUCCAAACCUUCCCAGCCAGAUGCGAAUUCUGUUUGUCUGCAUUGGAAACUCAUGCCGCUCGCCCAUGGCGGAAGCCGUGAUGCGGGACAUGGUGCUGCGGGAAAGUCUCGACUGGACGGUGGAUAGCGCAGCCCUGGCCGACUGGAAUGUGGGUCGGCAGCCGGAGCCGCGCUGCUUGGCCGUGCUGCACGAGAAUGGGUUGCACUCGGAGCACGUCGGGCGACAGAUUGGCGAGAGUGACUUUCGGCAGUUCGAUUACAUUUUCGGCAUGGACGAGAGCAACAUGAGAGACCUGCUGGCACUGGCGGCACCGGUCGCGGACUGCACGGCACGGAUUGAGCUGUUGGGGAACUACAGGAUGAAGGAGUUGGAUAAAAUAAUUUUCGACCCGUAUUUUGAAAGUGGAAUACACGGGUUCAGACGGUGUUAUGACCAAAUUGUGAUAUGCUGCAGGAAUUUCAUCCAACAGAAGUUACAGCCUCAGUGAUUGUGAUAUUAGAUGUGUAUUGUGUUAUUCAAAUCGUUCAUGUAGAAACGUGUUUUAGACAAAUUUUCCAGCAAUGAGGUCAUCUAGAAAUUGUUCCCAUUUUGGUUGAAGAAUUUCCGAAUACUCUGUUCGCUCCUCAGAUGUUAACGAGCUAUAUCUGAAAUGAAACAAAUGAUUUUCCAGCAAUGUUGAAAAUUAAUUAUUGGCUUACAGACAAGAAUUAUUUCCAAAAUCCCCGUACUAAUUGUGAUGCCCGACUUACCAUUUCCAUCAACAUGUAAUAUGCUUAACAAAUGAUAUUUAUGCAAUAAAGCUCAAGAUUGUUAUUUGAA